AUGGCCGCGCUCGCUCCAGCCGGCGCCGCCGUGCCCGAUGAGCUCGCCCCGGGACCGGGAAGAGAAGCCAAUAAGCACGGGCGUGCCGGCGCCGUCCGGCGGCACCGCCAGUGCGCCGGCGCGCGCCUCCUGUCGCUCGCCGUGCAGGCGGCCGUGAUGGCGGCCGCGCUCGCGAUCUUCGUCCUCUUCGCCGCAGCGUCCGCCUUGCUCCUCCUCGUCCUCGUCCUCACCGCGCGCGCCUUCCACCACCACCGCGGCAGCCGCUACCGUGUCCCGUCGCUCGACCCUUCUUCCCCUUCGCCUCCGCCUCUCCGCACGGGGCUCUCGCCCGCCGACAUCCGCCUCCUCCCAAGCUUCGCCUUCCCCGGCGGCGGCGACGAGGCCGCCGACUCCGCCUCGUGCGCCGUGUGCCUCCAGGCCGCGCGCGCCGGGGAGCGGUGGCGCGCCAUGCCGGCAUGCACGCACGCGUUCCACGCCGCCUGCGUCGACCGGUGGCUCGCCAGGACGCCCGCCUGCCCCGUCUGCCGCACCGCCGUCGCCGUCACGACGAGCUAA